CCGGGCGUGCGGGCGGCCGGCAUGGCUGCGAAGGAGCGGCAGAAAAGCAAAGUGACCAAGGAGAGCGUCACCCUGUUGCCUUGCUUUUAUUUUGUGGAGUUGCCCAUACUGGCGUCUUCUGUCGUUAGCCUCUAUUUCCUUGAGCUUACGGAUGUCUUCAAGCCCGUUCACUCUGGAUUCAGCUGCUACGACAGGAGCCUGAGUAUGCCCUACAUUGAGCCUUCACAAGAGGCUGUUCCUUUCUUGAUGCUGCUCAGUUUGGCUUUUGCUGCACCUGCCAUUACGAUCAUGGUGGGAGAAGGGAUUCUCUACUGCUGCCUUUCUAAACGUCGAAAUGGAAUUGGAGCUGAAGCCAAUAUCAAUGCAGGUGGCUGCAACUUCAACUCUUUCCUUAGGAGAGCAGUCCGAUUUGUUGGUGUCCAUGUGUUUGGCCUUUGUGCCACAGCUCUCAUCACAGAUAUUAUACAGUUGUCAACAGGAUAUCAGACACCAUACUUCCUGACUGUAUGCAAACCUAACUAUACAUCCCUAAACGUGUCUUGCUCAGAAAAUUCUUACAUUGUGGAGGAUAUUUGCUCAGGACCCGAUCCCGUCAUCAUCAAUGAUGGAAGAAAGUCAUUCCCUUCGGAACACGCUACUCUGGCAGCCUUUGCAGCUGUGUAUGUUUCAAUGUACUUCAAUUCUACUUUAACCGACUCCUCUAAACUUCUGAAACCACUUCUAGUCUUUGCGUUUAUCAUCUGUGGGAUUAUCUGUGGACUAACUCGGAUCACCCAGUACAAAAACCAUCCAGUUGAUGUUUACUGUGGCUUUUUAAUUGGCGGUGGAAUUGCUCUUUAUUUGGGCCUGUAUGCUGUGGGGAACUUUCUGCCAAGUGAAGAGAACAUGCUUCAUCAGAACCAGCACAGAGAACCAUUAAAGUCUUUGACUGACCUGAGCCAAGAUGCCAAUAGAAUUUUGCCCGGUAAAAAUGGUGGUAGCAACGAUGUUAUCUCUGCUCACCAUGCCGAGAGUAUGUUAAGGAACCACAGAGAAACCGGCUCCCUGACUAACCUUAAAAGAGCAAAUGCUGAUGUAGAGAUUAUAACACCACGAAGUCCAAUGGGAAAGGAGAACAUGGUAACUUUCAGUAACACUUUGCCAAGAGCCAAUACACCUGCAAUGGAAGAGUCAGCUCGUCGGAAUGCAACUAUUCACGCAUCUAUGGAUUCUGCCCGCUCAAAGCAGCUUCUCUCCCAAUGGAAGAACAAGAAUGAAAGUCGUAAGUUGUCCCUGCAGGUAAUAGAGACAGAUUCUGGACAGUCACCCCCGAGAGCAAUUGAAAUGAGGUCAAGCUCUGAGCCCUCCAGAGUGGGAGUUAAUGGGGAUCACCAUGGGCCUACCAAUCAGUACCUGAAAAUUCAGCCUGGUAGUGUGCCAGGCUGUAACAGUGCUGGUCUUACUGGUGGGCCGAGGGUCUCUAUUCAGUCACGCCCCGGUUCUUCACAGCUUGUGCAUAUUCCUGAAGAGACGCAGGAGAAUGUCAACACAUCUCCAAAAAGUAGCACAGCUAGAGCUAAGUGGUUGAAAGCUGCUGAGAAGAGUGUUGGAUGCAGAACCAACAGCCAGCCAAGAAUCAUGCAGGUCAUAGCCAUGUCCAAGCAACAAGGUGUGCUUCAGGGCAGCCCUAAGAGCUCUGAAGGCAGCACAGUCACCUGUACAGGAGCCAUCCGAUAUAAAGCCUUGACAGACCACGAGCCAAGCGGCAUAGUAAGAGUAGAGGCCCAUCCUGAAAAUAACAGGCCUGUCAUUCAGAUGCCAUCAGAAGGGGAAGGGAGUGGCUCCUGGAAGUGGAAAGCCCCUGAGAAAGGAAGCCUUCGUCAAACAUAUGAGCUAAAUGAUCUGAACAGGGACUCUGAGAGCUGCGAAUCUUUGAAAGACAGUUAUGGAUCCAGUGACAGAAAAAGAAGCAACAUUGAUAACAGUGAGCACCACCAUCAUGGGAUAACUACAAUAAGGGUCACGCCGGUGGAAGGCAGUGAGAUUGGUUCAGAGACCCUGUCCAUUUCCUCUAGCCGCGACUCCACACUUCGAAGAAAAGGUAAUAUCAUUUUAAUUCCAGAGAGAGGCAGCAGCCCAGAAAAUACCAGGAACAUCUUCUACAAAGGAACAUCUCCAACAAGAGCUUACAAAGAAUGA